AUGUCAGCACAGCUUGGGGCUCUUUUAAUUUUAAGCAAAAUAUCAUCUAGUCGCAGCAUAAAAAAGAGUAUUCUAGAUUUUGAAGGAGUGCUGCCACUAGUCAACAUUCUUUCAUGCCCCGCAAGAGAUUUGCAAAUUUUGGCAGCAGAGACAAUCCAGAACAUAGCUAGCAUGAGACAGGUUCGAAAGCUAGUAAGACAAUAUGGAGGCAUUCCUGUUCUGGUUGACUUACUUGACAUCAACCCAACUGCCUUGCAGUUUCCUGUUGAAGCACUGUCACCUGAAGACGUGAAGCAAGUGGAGGUGGCUCGUAACAGCAUAAAGGCCCUGUGGACACUCUCAGUGUCUAACAGAAACAAAAAAGAAAUGCUGAAAGCAAACUGUGUACCUCUCUUUGCGAAGCUCUUCCGAUCAGUUCAUCCAGAUAUUAUAAUACCCACUGCAGGGAUUCUACAAGAAUGUGCCUUAGAGAAAAGUUACCAGUCGGCGUUCGAGAAUCAUGGGAUGAUAGCUGAUUUUGUUCAGUAUCUUUUUUCUGAAAGUGCAGAACUGAAAAAGCAUUCAGCUUCAGCUAUAUUUAGGUGUGCAGAGGGUGACAUUACACGAAAUAUGGUUCGGCUGGCUGAUGGCUUAUACAUUUUAGUCAAGCUUGCCAAAACCAUCAAAGUUCAUCCAGACAGAUUACUUUUAGCUGCUGUGACAGGUGCAAUAUGGAAAUGUGCUCUUAAUUCUGAGAAUGUUCAACGGUUUGAUGAACUUGAAGCUGUGGAAGUUUUGAUUGCUAUUUUACAAGAUGAAUAUAGAGAGCUACAUAGCUUUUGUCUUGUGACAAGGAAUCCUAUUUGUCGCAAAGAAUGUUUUCUACCAGAAAUUCUUGAGGUGUUGACAAAUGUGAUUGGAGGACUAUCGCAGUUUGCAAAACUUUCUCACAACCGUGAAGCUCUUCGUGAAGCACGUGUUGUUCCCUUGUUGGUGGAAUUGUUGUUUGAGUCAAAAGAAGAUCUGCUUGAAAAUGUUGCUCAUCUACUGGGUGAAUGUGCCAAAGAAAAGGAAUCAAUGUCCAUCAUUGAAGAACUUGAUGGUGUCAGUCUUCUUUGGUCACUGCUUAAAAACCCAUCGACAAAUGUGCAAGCAAACGCUGCUUGGGCUUUGUGCCCAUGCCUUGAAAAUUCAAAGGAUGCAGGAGAAAUGGUGAAAAGCAUCCCUGGAAGCAUGUUGAUUGCAAUACGUUUACUUCGUACGUCUAAUGAUACAAAUGUUUUGGCUGGUGUAUGUGCUGUCUUGGCCAGGAUAGCACUGGACAAGGAGAACCUGGCUAUUAUCACAGACCAUGGAGUGGCAACUGUACUAGCUAAGCAUGUAACAACAGAAGAAGACAUUUUCCGUGAAAAUCUGGCACAAGCAAUUGCUAAUGUCUCUGCAGUGGAUGCUAACAGAUAUGAAAUUGGCCGGCUCGGGUGUAUCCCUGUGAUUGUCAAUUACUUGGUAUCAAAGAACCAGGCCGUUUGCCGUGCUGCUGCAAAUGCUCUUUUCCAGCUGUCAGCAUAUCCACUUAAUUGUCAAAUUAUGCAGCAGAGUGGAGUUUUACCAUAUCUCAUUGUGAACAUAGAGUGUGCAGAUGAAAAACUACGGGAGGCUUCUGCUGGGUGCAUGGCCAACAUACGGAAAGUUGUAAAAUAAUCUCCUGGAUGCAUAGGUAACAUAUG